GUCUGGCAGGGCAUGGAUGUGGUCAAGACAGUUCGUGCGAUGAUUGGGGAGACUGACCCAGCUGAAUCCAGGCCUGGCACCAUUCGAGGAGACUUCUGCGUGGAAGUCAGCAAGAACGUGAUCCACGGCAGCGACUCGGCUGAGAGUGCCCGGCAGGAGAUCUCCCUCUGGUUCCGCCCGGAGGAGCUGACGUGCUGGGAGGACACGGCCCAGCACUGGAUCUAUGCCUGA